GCAAAACAGCGAGACGAGAAGAAGGAACUACGGCCAAAUCGACAAUCGAGUCAAGUGGCUUCGGUUGCAGUGAAAAAUCGGUUGACCAAGCGCACGAUGCAGCUCGAGGAGGAGCGAGCCAAGCUCGCGGAAGAACCUUGAGUGUCCGUCUACAACAGGCAGGAGUAGCAGUGCAUGUUGCAUGCGAGUGCGAGGGAGAGAGAGAGAGAGAGAGAGAGAGAAAGAGACGGAGAUAAGAAGAGAGAAAGAAGGAAGAGAAGAUGGAGAAAAGAGUAAUGCCGGUGAUGGUAUUGUGGUUGCUGAUGGUCCUGGGUAUCGAGGGUGUUAAGUCGGUUGGUUGUCCAUCCAUCUGCACAUGCAGCACGUGGUUUGCAAUGCCGAAGGCUUCGUGCACCGGUCAGCACCUGUACAGCGUGUACACCGGUGUGUCCAACAUCGUGCAAGCGCUCGAUCUUUCCAACAAUUCUAUUAUCAAACUCGAGGAUCGCCAGCUAUCCCGAGUUGGUCUGACAAAACUCAAGUACCUGAAUCUCUCGACCAACGCCAUCGCCGAAAUCGAGCUCAGAGCAUUCGACGAUCUGAAGAAUUUGUCCGUUUUGGAUCUGUCGUACAAUCGUAUGGACUACAUCGCACCUGACACCUUCUACGACGUUCGCAGUCUGAGGAUCCUUCAUCUAGCCGGUAACAAGUUUAAUCUGCACGUGCCGAAGCUCCACAGCGACUCCAUUACGAAGCUGGAUCUGAGUGGUUGUCGAAUCGAUUACUUGCCCGACGAUACAUUCAAGGGGCUACAUCAACUGCGCAAACUCGACAUCACCAAUAACCAUUUGACAAAAUUGGCCAAGGACGCUCUGAGCCCAAUGCCUUAUCUGCAAGAAUUAGUCUUGGGAAAGAACUUGUGGCUGUGCGACGCCAAAUUUAUCAGUUUGAAAUUGUACAUGCGUACUAAGAAAAUCGACACCGACCAAGUGUGCGAGCGGCCAACAUUAACAGCUCAAUUCGAAAAGUACAUCUCGUUGAAAGCAGCGACGACGGAAGCGGAGCCCAGAGUCACACUGCAAAAUGAGCUACAAAAUGCACCGGGAUCCAGGCAAACGAAAGAUCCGUGGGAGGUAGAUUCGUGGCAUGAAAUCGAGGAAACAGUUGAAGAAGAGCAACAAGUUGAUUCCGGUUCCUCGAAUAUCUUUGCAAAUGCCAUUGGAAAUAUAUCGCCGUUCUGGUUUCUUCUCAUUGGAUUUUUAUUGGGUAGCGGGGCAACGAUGGUCGUAACAUAUCUUUGGCUAUCAACUACGAUUUCUUGCUUGAUUCCGAGAAUUCGACGUGCCGAUGCUGGUGAAACGAAUGAUGCUAGUUCACAAAGGGUUUCAUUGCUAAGACAUCUUUGGACACAAGAGAACAUUGCCAAUUCAGAAGAAAGUAACAGCGGUACAAGCCAAACCAUCUUGCCAGUGCCUUUAUCGUCUCAUUCGUGCCCAGGCACACCACCACCACCAUACCGUGAGGUAAUGUUACAUCGAAACCUUUAUCCACGUGCAGCCAUGGUUGCUGUAGCUCAGCAACGUUGUCACGAAACUCCAGCUUACAUCUGAGAAAGAGAUCAUGUCGUCGGCGUAUAAUUGCCACACCGGACAUACUAUAAUAUAUAUAAUUGUAGGACUGAGCGAUGAGUGCCUUAGUAUACAGCUAGAGAUUAUUAAUUUUUAAGAUAUUGGAGUGUAACUAUAGUGCCUAAUUAGAAUUAAGAUUAGCUGAUAGUAUUCAGAUGGUUCGGUGUGCGCGUCAUUCACAUGCGCCGAUUUUCCGUAUUCAGCAUAAGCGUCUAUUUUUUCUUCAUUUGGCGAGCGUACGGUAGCUUCGCUUUUUUUUUCUUUAUGUUCCCCGAUGCAUGUCUUUUUUAUUGGUUGUAUUGAUGUAUCGAUGAACCAAUUGCUAGAUAAUGCUCUACACAUACGUACACGCGCAAGUGUCUGCUCUCGUUAAGAAAGUUAUAUGGAAUAUGCGAAAUAAAAUACUCACAGACAUCUACUUGUGUAUAAGAGCUUAAAGUCAAAGAUACUUUUUCUGAUUUAAUAUUCAGAAUUACUCUUGCACAUAUAAAUCCAUAGGUUGAAAGUGAAAACUAAUACCUCUGGCAAUUUUUUCAGAGAUGUUUCUCUUUAUCUCAAGAUUAUGUUUUUUCUUGCUUACUUAUUGUUUAUUAUGAUAUAUGCGUAAGUGUUGUGAUACAACGUAAAAACACUGAAGUUUUUUUUAUUUCUCUGUCUCUCUCUCACUCUUUUUCUUUCGCUCUUCUUUUUUCGGAAAGAAUACUUAUACUGUAUAAAAGUUUAUAUUGCUGUAUCACAUUACCUAAGUGCCAUUACGUAUUGUUAAGCCCAUAUAUGUUACGAUUAGAUAUGUAACGAAUUAUGAUAUUCUAAAAAGCAAAAACAACCCCAGUCUUGAAGGCCUGUACUUUAUAUACGAUGAGCUUGUAUAAGCUAUUGAACGACGUGUGCUUCAAAAAGAAAAAAAAUUGAUGGCAGUAUUAAGAACAAUUAAUUAGAUUUUAACGAAUGAUGAAAUUAACGAGGUUUUCGGCAGUAUAUCGACUUAUACGCAAGGUCAAAUGCAAUCAGUUUUCCAAUUAAUAUUUCAAAACAGAUAAGAUUACGCACCUCAAACCAGUAGCAAUAAAUGAUUGUAUACAAUAACGCACUUCUCAAUCGAGCAUGCUCCAAAACAAUAAAAUCCACACACGAAUACAACUUCUUUCUAGUACUUGUUAUCUAUUAACUCCCUGCACUUGACUCUCUCUCCCUUCCGAUUUCUUGUAUCGUAAAAGACGAGAUUUGUUACUCAAAACCAUAUAAUGAAAUUCAAUUUUUCCUGUAUAUGAUCACUUACUGUAUGUUUCUGUCUUUUAUCCUCCCUCCCCCCCUCACUCUUAUAUAUUUAAACAAUUCCAACGUUUAAGCAGUUGUAUUUUAUAGUAUUCUAGUCUAAGGAGCCCCCGAAAUCAGAUAACUAUUCGUUGUCCGCACGCGCGUGCGAAUGGAAAAUGAAAUCAUGAAUUAAACGUAAACUCGCAACAACGAUCAGAGUCAUUAUUACAACACGUGAUGCUCGCGCUAUUAUAACACGCGCGUCAUGUGCACGCCGUCAUAUAAUGAUUCUUCUCCUUCGUAUGAAUUGUAUUACGUGCAGAGAUAGAUAUUUAUGAGUAUAUGUGUACGCAAGACCAAACACUUGU